AUGUGGCAGAUUCGACAGAAAUUUCAAUGUGCGUAAUAUAAAAUUAAGCUCUAAAAUCCGAAUUCAGUUAUUAAAUGUAGCCGUAUGAUGUAUCAAAUACAAUGAUAUAUUAGUUUUGCUUUGCUGUUUGGACGCCGGAGAAUGGAUGGUCAAAAAGCAGGUUCCAUGUUUAUGUGUCGGCUCUGCAACCUCUUCUCUCCCAGUCGCGUCCAGCUGCUGGCCCAUUGCUCCCAGCAGCACACCAAGCAGGAUUCUCCUGAUGACAUCAUCAUUGCUCUGCAGCCUCUUGUAGGAGAGCCUGGGGAGACGUUGGCAGAGAGCCCAGCGAAGCGAAAACGAGGACGACCGAAAGGCUCGACAAAGAAGACGCGCACAGAUUUGACAGAGGGCAAGGCCGACUCUACCCAGUCUAAUGUUCAAAGAGAAGAAGAAAGGAAUAAGGAGGGAGACAAAGGCCAAAGCCAUGAUGGGAUAUUGGGCCUUGAAUGUCGAGACUGCCAUCGCUCGUUCAGCAACAGACGACAGAUCCGCAAACACAUCUGCCUCAGAGAAGAAGAGGAGGAGGAGGAGGAGGAAGAAGAGGAGAAGGGAAGCAUUUCUGAUGUAGCAGCAAUAGAGGGUUCUGGGAGUGUGGAUCCUGGGGGAGCAGAUCCAAACCAAACCAAACAAAACCGAGCAAGACCAGGACCCGUGAGAGAAAAAGAUGUGGGCAGCGUCAGACACCCAAGGACCAAUCGAAGCCGCACCUCCAAAGAAGGAGGCCUAACAACGGGAAACAAAAAGUCGGUCAUCAGUGUUGUUUUGACUGAAGAUGAAACACUUCCAGGUGUUUCUAAAAUGGUUCCAGUAGAGGAAAAUUCAGCAGAGACAGAGUCUUCGGCCAUCCAACCUCAGCAGUCUGCAGUCUUCCAGAGUCAGGCACAAGACCUUGCAAGUGAAGCCACUGCCUGCGAGGGUAACCCUGAAACAGAUCAGGAGCCAAGCAGUGUGAUCCCUUUGUCCUCAACAACAACAACAACAACAGCAUCCAGCAGAGGCUUCCAGGAAUAUUCUAUCAAGCAAGAUGCUACAAAUUUACUUCAGAGCCAGUUGAAGAUCUUUUCCUGUGAGUUCUGUAACAAGAUCUUUAAAUUCAGACACUCACUGAUGGCCCACCUCAGGACACACACCAAGGAGAAACCUUUCCAGUGUCCACACUGUGACUACGCGUCAGCCAUCAAAGCCAACCUGAAUGUUCACCUGAGGAAGCACACAGGAGAGAAGUUCAGCUGUCAGCACUGUCCUUUCAACUGCCUCAGCCCAGGACACCUCAAGGUCCACAUAGAGCGAGUCCAUAUGAAGGUGAAGCAGCACUGCAGCUUCUGUGAGAAAAAAUACUCGGAUGUGAAGAACUUGCUGAAACACAUUGAGAAGCGACAUAAUAUGAAAGACCCUGCUAUCAACCAGAGCUACCAACAACUUAGGUUGAAGACUCGUCAGGGCUUCAGACAGCUCCUCUACCACUGUCCCACCUGUAAUCGGCGCUUUAAGAACCAGCUGGAGCGGGAGCGCCACCUGUUGGUCCACGGCCCCCAGCGUCCCUUCGCCUGCCUCAUCUGUGAUCAUGCUGCGACCAAGAUGGCUAGACUCGCUGCUCAUGUCAGGAAGCACCUCUUCCUGUACAUGUGCUGUGUGUGUGACGGGAAGUUUGUCAGCUCUCAGAGACUAAGGAGUCAUUUGAAAGAGUCUCACCAGGAGCUCGACCAGGAGCAGGCCUUCACAGACUGUAUCAACAACAGCUACUAUCUGAUACAGCCUGGAAGAGGCAUGUGGGGGGAUGAGGAGAGGGAAGAUACAGAGAAAGAGAUGAAGGGAGAGCUAAGGAUAGAGCAGGAGGGUGAAGAUGAGAGGAUGAGGGAAGAAGGUAGAAGAAAUGGUGUCGGAGGGGAGGAGUGCCAAGAUGGGGAAGUGGAGCAUCUGAAAGUAGCAGCAAGCGAAGCUAGGGAGCCAGAGGAAGAUCAAGGUAAAUCUCAGGGUGAAAGAGCAGAAGAUGUGCAGGGGAAAGAAGGAGAAUUAGAAAACGGAGGUGAACAUCAAGGUUCCCAAGAUCGGCUCCAUCAAGCUAUUUCUACAGAAACCACAACCCCCUCUGACAGACAGGAUGAAGUAACAGCUGGGGCGAACUCACAGGACAACACGGCUGACACAUGCACCCCUGCAGCUGUAGAUGAUACACAAACUUUUUCAUCACCAGAGAGCGGUCACACACCUCUGUUGGAGAAUAGGACUCAAGAAAACACACAACCAGCUGAUGAGAACACACAAACACCUUUGUCGUCAGCACCUUCAGAGGAAAAUUCUCAAACUCCACAUUCAGAGAGUGUGUCUGAGGUUGUCAAUCAGAGUGCGUUCCAGCAGGUGAUCUCAUCACUACAGAAAACUCUGCUCAAUAUGGAGUCUUUCCAACGGCUUAGGAAAAUUUACGGAGACCUGGAAUGUCAAUACUGUGGUAAACUGUUCUGGUACAAAGUCCACUAUAACAUCCAUGUACGCACACACACUAAGGAGCACUCACAUUACUGUUCAAAGUGUAGCUACUCGUCCAUCACCAAGAGCUCUUUGAAGCGGCACCAGAUCCAGAAGCACAGCGGAUUGCUGCUGCCUUGUUUGAAUCCUGGUUGUAAAUACACGACACCUGACAAAUACAAACUUCAGGCCCAUCUGAAGACACACCAGGAACAGGGGAAGAGUGUGACUUGUCCUUUCUGCCAGCAAGACUAUCCAGAGCACAGACUAAAACACCACAUCAAAACAUCCCACCCAGACACACUACCUUCGCGGGGUAAAGGACUGAUGGUUCAACGUGCAGAGAAGUGCCCCUACUGCGACUCCUACUUCCUAAAGAACAGCAGUGACUUUCAGCGGCACAUCUGGGCCCAUCAAGGUUUGAAACCAUACGUCUGCAGUGUGUGUGACUAUGCAGGCCGUAGUCGGAGUAACCUGAAGACUCACAUGAACCGACACAACACAGAGAGACGUCACCUCUGUGAUCUGUGCGGGAAAAAGUUCAAAUCUAAAGUCACACUCAAAAGCCACAGACUAAGCCACUCUGAUGAAGGGAAGCGGUUUCAAUGUUCAGAGUGUGACUUCACCUCAGUCUCAAAACCAUCCUUGCUCAGACACAUGGAGCAACACGCUGAGUUUAAGCCAUUUCGCUGCGCGCACUGCCACUACUCCUGUAACAUCGCUGGUCCCCUGAAACGACACUACAACAUGAAACACCCAGAUCAGAAAUAUCAGAAUGCCGGACCUGGAGUGCCUAACCCUGAUGCUCUGAAACAGCAAGGUGGUAUGAAGUGUCCUGAAUGUGAAUUUGUGUAUGGCACCAAGUGGGAGCUGAACCGCCACCUGAAGAGCAAGCACAGCAUGAAAGUGGUGGAAGGCACCUGGGAGGUGGGUGAGACAGUAGAGGCCCAGUUCGUGCCUGUGGAGGAUGAAGAGCAGCUGACAGAAGUAUCUGUAGCAUCGCUGCAGGACAACGUUGAUAUUCAGCACAUCACUGAAUUCAGUUCAGAGACUCACGACGCCGUCACCUCCAUGGUUGCCAUGGCUCCAGGCACUGUUACCGUUGUACAACAGUUGCAGGUGGCUGGCGAGCAGGAAGUUGGUGAGUGCACAAACCAGCUGAUGGUGGUGAAUGCGGACGGGGAUCUAACUGGUAACCAGGUGAUGGUUGUGGAGGACGCACACGGCCUGGAGGCUCUGACGGUCCUCACUCAGGGAGAAAACACUCACCACUAUAUCGUCUACGUCCAGGAACACACUGUAGAAAUCAACUAGUGCUGAUUUAUCAUUGUUGAUGGGAUCAGUUUCAAUAGAUCUGUUUACAAAAGUGAAGUAACGUAAAAUGUACCAAUGGGCAAUGCAUUCAGGAUUAAAUUAAUGUUUCCAAGACAUCAUUAAGAAUUUCCCUAAUCAGAUUUAUUUUUCAGUCACUUCAUAAUUAUGAAAACCAUAAGUGCAAUAAUUGUUAGUGUGAUUAUGUGACAUAUUUUGUACUUACAAAGUUUAUUUGAAUAAACCCUUGUCCUGAACUGCGUGGAGUUAAUUUUCUAAAAAAAUAAAAUCUCCAAGUUCAGUUCAGUGUUUGCCCAAUUUUUUUAUUAGCAGAAUUUAUUAAAACUUUGGUACAAUUUUCAUAUUAUGACACACAUUUGACAAUUUAUGUUUUAUUUUUCUAGUAGAAAAACAGAAACAUUUUGAAUAAAAUAAAGAGGAUGUGUUUCUCUGCCAUACUUUAUUAAUGAUUUAAUGAGAUGAGUUGUUUGGUUUGUUGUGU